UCAGAUGCUAUCAUGUGGCUAAAAGAACAUGAUAUAAAGAAAGAAGAUGGAAAUUUUUAUGAAUUUGGAGAAGAUAUCCCAGAAGCUCCUGAGAGACUGAUGACAGACACCAUUAAUGAACCAAUCUUGCUCUGUCUAUUUCCUGUGGAGAUCAAGUCUUUCUACAUGCAGCAAUGUCCUGAGGAUCCCCGUCUUACUGAAUCUGUCAACGUGUUGAUGCUCAAUGUUGGUGAGCUUGUGGGAGGCUCAAUGCGUAUCUGGGAUAGUGAAGAAAUACUGGCAGGUUAUAAAAGGGAAGGGAUCAACCCCACUCCCUAUUACUGGUAUACAGAUCACAGAAAAUAUGGCACACGUCCACAUGGAGGCUAUGGCUUUGGCCUGGAACGAUUCUUAACGUGGAUUCUGAAUAGGUAACACAUCUGAGACGUGUGCUUAUACCCUCAAUUUGUCCAGCGCUGCAAGCCAUAA